AUGGAUCCCUCCCUCGCGGACAAGAUCGCUUUCUUUAAGCGGAUCGAGGCCACUCAGAAUGGCGACGAGAAUGAUGAUCUGGGUGCCGAAGAGCAGGAGAAGAGACUGAAAAGCCAGUCUUUUCAUCCCAUCACCUCACGUAUCGCUUCGCUCAUUAAUGUUGCUUCACUCAACCGUCAAUAUUAUCCUGAUGUUCUACGAAGAACCGCAUCGGACCCCAACACGGUGACAAAUGGGAAUGGUGAAACCAUCCUAUUUAGCACUCCAAACGAGAUUCAUUACACAGAGCCCUCACGACUCACCACGAACCUGGUGUCAGAGGGGAACGGGGGAGAAUACAUCUUAACCACCACCCCAAAUGAUAAUAGGGAAUCGUCCAUGGGAUUUCUUCAGGACGCCAUGGAUUCUGUUAUACCUGAGACCACAAACCCUUUACGACGCACCACACACCCGCCAUCAAGCCUGUUCAGAUCCGCCACCACAUCACAGGCCGUUCCAUCCCCCUCUGCCAUCCUCGCCAAGCGGAAGCGGUCGAAGCCUGUGAAGAAAGUCCCGGAACCACAGCAGAUCUUCAAGGACUUACGAUUCUACUACAUUCCCAACGACGACGUCAAUCCUGCACGCAGACUGAGAAUCGCCAAGGCCCUCGAAUACGGCGCGACGUGGACGCAGAACCUAGCCGAUGCCACACUCAUCGUCGUGGACGAGAACUUGACGUAUUCAGACAUCAAACCCAUCUUGGACAGCGACCCCAUGUCGUCACAGAAAACUCUCGUAAACGCACGAUACCCUCUUGAGUGCGUAACCCGACGUGAAGUCUUCAGCCCCAAGCUCAGCAUAGAGCAAGGCCUAUUCGGAGUUCCUGGUAUUCCUCAGAAGUCGAAAGAGCCGGAUGUUACACAUCCUGCCUCACACGAUUCUAAUCUCUCCCUACAGGUCAAAUCAAGACGGAAGGACCUGCCUGCGCCAGACACACCUCGGAGCACAGAUACUUCUCAAAGGAGCGAAGAUAUCGUCCGAUCUUCUCAUCCAGAAGAGGUCGAUCCGCCGAUGGAAACUCUUGGAGGUGAUCCGAAGAAACCACCAUCUCAGUCGGCCAGCCAGCAACGCACUUCCCAAGCCACCACACACGAUGACGCUCUUUCUCAAUGCAUUGGUGAAAUUCGAGUCAAUCCCGCACUUUAUAACGAACUUGAGGAUGAUGCCUCAGUGGCGAGCGGAGAUGACUACGAGGAUGUGUCUGAUGUUGGCAACACUGAAGACGAACAGCCACGGAAGAAAAAGGUCAGCCGGAAAGGUUUCAGAUCUGACCAAAAGAAUCCCGGAUGGCAGGAGAAGUUCAAAUGCAUGAAAGGAGGGACGGUGAACUCGAAGAAGGAGAAUCCGAAUGCCAAGACUAUGGAGCUACUCGAAGCCUGGAAGGCUGAGCGAGAGCUUCAAAGCGAUGGCAAAUGGAGGGCUCACUCGCUCAGGAAAGCAAUUGCCACCCUUCGCCAGCAGCCUACGAAGGUAACUACGGCAGCGAAAGCUCGGCUGUUGCCCAAUAUCGGCGAUGACAUAGCGGACAAGAUCCACGAAAUCGUCCAAACUGGUACCCUACGGCAUCUUGAGGAAGCGCUCAGCAACCCUGAUAGGGAAGUGCUUUCUGUGUUCUUGAACAUCUAUGACGUUGGCCAGUCUCGGGCCUACCAGUGGAUUGCCAAAGGGUUUCGGACGCUGGACGACUUGAAGGCCAAAGCUGAGCUUUCCGCGAACCAGAGAGUCGGGAUCGAGCACUACGACGACCUGCUGACCCGCAUUCCGCGGGCCGAGGUCGAGGCGCUGGGAAGCUGUGUCAAGAAAACCGCCAAGAUCAUCGAUCCCAAGGUUGAGCUCAUCAUUGGGGGCAGCUAUCGCCGGGGAGCAGAUGACUCGGGCGACAUUGAUAUGAUCAUAACGAAACCAGGAACGUCAACCACACAGGACUUGGUGCCAUUUCUGAAUCGACUUGUUGAUACGUUGACAGGUGAGGGCUUCUUGACGGUAGCGCUCGCGGCUCACAGGGACGGGUCGAGCAUCGGCAGCAGCAAAUGGCACGGCUGCUGCGUCCUGCCCGAUAGCGCCUUUCCCGGCGCCAAGGAGGACUACCGGCCGGUCUGGAGACGCAUCGACCUGCUGCUGGUGCCGGAGACUGAGAUGGGUGCUGCCCUGAUCUACUUCACAGGCAACGACCUCUUCAACCGGAGCUUGCGACUGCUUGCGCGCAAGAAGGGCUUGAGGCUGAACCAGAGGGUGUUGUCGGGGCUGGGCGUGUCGGAAGGUCGGGACGAGCGGAAGAUCUUUGAGUUGCUGGGUGUUCACUGGAGAGAGCCUCACGAGCGGUGGUGUUGA